AUGAAGUUCAAAAUCGACAAAGGGCUUUUGCCCAUAAAAGCGCAUUUUUUUUUCUUUUUUGCUGCCCUCGGUCCCCUUCUGCCGCAAAUGAACGUGUUCGGCCGGCAGCUGGGCAUCUCGCCAGCCGCCAUGGGCAUGGUGACGGCGGUGUUGCCACUCCUCUGGGCAUUAGCGAAGCCGCUUUUUGGCUACGUGGUUGAUUACUGGCCUAGGCAAAGAAAACUAGUCUUCAUGCUGCUCAUAGUUGUUAUGACGGGGUCAUACUGCGGCUUGUGGUUUUUGCCAAUGCCAGAAGAACCAGAACCCUCUGAACCCCUCCUCAGAUCAAUUUACAAAUUAAACGACACUGUGUAUAUCCAAACGUACAAAAAUGACUCUUACGAACCACUUGAAUUAUAUAAUUGUCAUUGGACAUGCGAAAAAACGGAUCACCUCGGAGUAUUCCUGCCGAAUUCGACAUUUGUGAAUACGAUAUACGUGGACGGUCCAGUAACAAAUACAACUUGCUCGCUCUUCCAUAUGAAUUAUGUUGAAUCGAGACAGGGACAGACAAUAUGUUCACCGCUGAAAGACUGCAACCUGGUGUGUUUUGAAGAUGCAAUUAUACCCAAAGAAAUGAAUGAAACAAACUUUAAUAGAACAAGGCGCGAAGUGAGCGCGGCUAAGGAUGGCAACUCGUUUCAGAAUAUUGAAAAGGUUUAUGCUAAAGUGACGAAAGAGAAAGGAGUGGAGACAAAAGAAGAUGGUAGUAUAUAUAUGACGGCUGUUUUCUGGACCUUUGUUGUACUUAUGUGUGUUGGAACGGUAGCUUUCAAUGUAGCCAACUGUAUAGGAGACGCUGUAUGUUUUGAUGUGUUAGGUCCAGAUCGUGGCUCCAAAUACGGUGGCCAAAGAGCUUGGGGCACAGCUGGUUAUGGCGCGACAGCUCUACUGGGCGGCUGGCUGGUUGACGCUGUGUCGGGUACUUAUAAGGAUUUCACCCCGGCCUUCGCUGUGGCUAUAGUGGCCACAGUGAUAGAUUUGUACAGCUGUAGAGCGCUUAAGUUGCCAUCGCUAAGAAGUCCCGACGACUCGGGGAAAGCGCUGCGCGAAGUCCUCAAGAUACGGAGGGUCGUGGUUUUUAUCAUCUUCGCGGUGGUGGCCGGCACCUUCGACAGCUUUAUCAUAUACUAUAUGUUCUGGUUCCUUGAGGAAUUGGCCGAGCAGACGGGCUCUAUGGCGCAGAUAAAGCUGAUAGAAGGCGUUGUGGUUGCCGCGCAAAGCUUCGUCGGGGAGCUGCUGUUUUUCUUCUUCUCUGGUAAAAUCAUCAAGCGGUGGGGCUACGGCUUUACCCUUACUUUCUCUCUCUUCUGCUACGGAGUAAGACUUGCACUGAUCUCUUUCAUUCAACAUCCCUGGCACUUGGUUUUCAUCGAGGCGGUAAUGCAAGGGCCAACUUACGCCCUCUGCUACUCCACGAUCGUGGGCUACGCAGCCCACGUGGCCCCCGCAGGAUAUUCCGCCACAGUUCAAGGCAUUGUAGCCGGCAUGGACGACGGUGUGGGAUUCGCGCUGGGGUCGCUGGUCGGUGGGCAGCUGUACGGGCGCGCGGGCGGACGCAACGCCUUCCGCGCGCUCGCCGCGCUCGCCGCUGCCGCCGCGCUGGCGCACCACGUGCUGCUGGCGAGAGCGGGACGCAACACAGAACAACCCGAACCAGACGUGUCUCCCUUGGAGGAAGGAGAAAAGAUGCUCCCGUUGGAAAAUAAACGCAACAACUCUAUAUACCAGGAGACUGUCGUACCACUGAACAGUGAAGUCAAGGAGGCAGGUGACAGAUAA